AUAAACAGAAAAUGGCGCAGUCUGUGAGGCAACCAGCGACUUUAGGAGCCAUGAACCUCAAACCUAAAGAAGACAACACCAGGACAAGUUACUUCUACAAUGUGAAGUCCAGGUUGGGAUCCAAGCUGCCGGCCGGCGUCUCCCAACCUCCACAGUUUGCGAAGCCCCCCUGGGACAUACCACUUCAGGCCCAAAUGAUGCGCGGGGCCACAGCCAGCGUGCAGCAUCAGAACCGGCCCAUUGUGAGCCGGCCCCUGGACCACAUCCCCCAUAUCAGAAACCCCAAGCUACGGCAGUACUACCUGCAAGGGACGUCCUGGGAUCUAAACACUACUUUGGCUAAAGGGGCUGAACCAUCAGAUGGCAGCACAAGCAGUGGGCUGAUCUCGACGGUAAAGACCAGCUCUGGCAGUGACGGAUCCUCUCAGACAGAACUGGACUCUGAACCUAAAGAGAAUCCGGCGGACGAGGAGGAUCAGGAUCGUUUAGAGACACUCGGCGCUCAGCCUCAGUCCCCCUCACCAGAGGCAGAGUAUGACAAACUGCUGGAUGUGGAGGCGGUGUCGCUGCCUGACGGACAGCUCUGCUUGUUGGCGCUUCCACCAGAAUUCUGUCAGGGAGAGGGUCCAGAGGCCGUGCUGUACCUCAAACUGAUCUGCCGCUACAUCACCGACGGCAAGGGCGUGGUUGCUGGUAUCCUGCUGGUGACGUCUAAUAAAAUCUUCUUUGACCCGAGUAAGACUCAUCCUCUGGUGAAGGAGCAUGGCUGUGAGGAGUACCUCCUGUCCUGCUCUGUCGACUCUCUGACAUCUGUCUCCUUCUUCUCUGACAUCUCCCACAUCCACUUCAACAUCGCCCAGCAGAGGAGAGACAAAAAAGGAAGGAACUUUUUCAAGAAGCUCAAAAAUGCCAAACGCCGAGCAGGCUGCCUCAGAAACCACAAGGAGGGGGAGGCUCUUUCAGCUCUGGCUUCAUCACAGUCCAAGGUUGCCUCAGAGGAGGAGGAGGCAGAGAGCAGAGACAUGGUGGAGGCUGAGCGGGAGCUGGACCGCAGCUCUCGGGAGGUGUUGUCAGAGGAGUCUGUGGGUGGCCUGGCUGGCCUGAGCAGCACCACCUUCUGCUGUGGAGGUCAAGACACGGAGAGUAACACAGAGGACACAGACAAGUCCUCUGUGGACAGUCAGAACGCAGUGCCUCGAAGGACAUCUUCAGGGAGCCUCGGGGGCUGGAUGUUUGUGCGGCUGCGGGUUCAGUCGCCUUCAGGAAAGAAGACGGGUUCAAGCAGAACGUUACCCAGGAGGGACGCCUGGCUGGCUCUGUCACAGGAAAGCUCCGACGAGCUGCGGACCUACCUGAAGCGCCUCCGGCCAGACCUGCGCGUGCUCGAGGGAGAGGAAGAGGGGGACCACGACGAAGAGGGGUUUGUUCUCAUUGAGGACCAAGGAGAGGAGGAGGAGGAGGAAGAGGAGGAGACGCUCUCGACGCAGCUCAGCUCAGGGGAUGACUGGGAGAUGGUGCCGAUGGAGGAGAGCAAGGACAAACCAGCUCUGGUCAUCGACCGGGAACCUGAAGGGCUCAGUAAUGUCGUGGAGGGCAGCCAUAUUUUGGAAGCCUCACACGUCAAGGAGCUGUGUAAGGAGCUGCCCCCCAGGACCGUCGGCCGCACGUGGCAGCUGACCUACAGCACGUCGCGUCACGGCGCCAGCCUCAAGUCUCUGUACAGAAAACUGGGCUCCACAGAUUCUCCUGUGCUGAUCGUCAUCAAGGACGCACUUGAUGAGGUUUUCGGAGCCUUCCUGUCCCACCCUCUGAGACCCAGUGAGACGUUCUACGGUACUGGAGAAACCUUUCUCUUCAUGUUGCGUCCUCGAUUCAAGUGUUUCAGGUGGACUGGAGAGAACUCCUUCUUCAUUAAAGGAGACUUGGACUCCUUUGCAGUUGGUGGAGGAAGUGGCCACUUUGGGCUGUGGGUGGAUGAGAGUCUGUAUCGGGGCCGCAGCAGCCCUUGCUACACCUUCAACAACUGCUGCCUCUCUGAAACCGAUGACUUCCGCAUCAUGGAGCUGGAGGUGUGGACGCUCAGCAGCUGAGGAGAAGCGAUGGCUUCUUCCUGUUGGACUCGGUCACCGCUUGAAUAAAAGUAUCU